GGAGAGAUGUAGGGACUCCCUGCUAGAGUGUUAGAUCUGCAUCAUGGGUCGUCCUUCUUUGGACAUAUUUAGAUGUAUCGGAUCAGGAUCAAAGAGAACAGUAGUAGUACUGGUUAUGCUUCUGUUAGCGUGCCUCACGCUUCAAGCCCUGUUUCUUGGUUCAUCUGCUCUCUGCGAAGGCUGCACAGAGCUGAAUUUAGGAGACGCUGAGGAAAGCGGCCCGAAAUACCUCCAGUGGGAAGAUGUCUUUAACUUGACGCUGUCUCCAAAGUAUGCAGGCAUACACUGGGCCAAGUCAGGUCACGAUGCUUAUGAAGCAACUGAGGAUGGUUUUUGGAGUAUCAAUGUGAAGACUGGGGAGAAAUUAAAAAAAUACUUUGAUAUCAGAGAAUUGUUUGGAAUGGACUUCGAAGUAUCACCUGAUGAGCAAUACGCUAUACUUUAUCAAAUAACAAAAGCAAAAUAUCGGCAUUCUUUUUAUGCUAAUUACUGGCUUAUAGACUUAAAUAACGAAUCUGUCAAUGGGUCUCGUCCAAACGUAACUGUUGAUCCGACCGGAACCAACAAUGUCCAAUAUUGUGGUUUUACUAAAACUGGUCACACUGUGGUGAUAGUAGCAGAGUUUGAUGUGUACUCCAAGACAGAUCCCAUGGCAACUGGGGAUGGGGCGUACACUAGACAUACAUCUGAUGGGGAGGAUAACGUUAUCUUUAACGGAGUCCCCGACUGGGUCUACGAAGAGGAGGUUGUAGCGAGUUAUUACAGUAAUUAUCCGUCACCCGACAGUCGGUUUAUAGCCUUCAGUAAAACUAACGCUAAAGGAGUUCAACACGUACGCUUCCCUAUCUACGGAAAAGAGGACUACGCAACUAUAUUAGACUAUGAGUAUCCCAAGGCUGGAUACAAGAACCCUACCAUCCAGACCUACAUGGCAGAUCUACAGGACCCUGAGGGUGAUAUGGAGGCGUAUCUGAUACCCACCCCACAAGAGGUUCUGGAUUGGGGAGAGCACUACCUUUAUACUGUUUCUUGGGCUAACGAGAAUACAGUCGUGUGUGAGUGGUGGAACAGACUACAAACAAAGAUCUCAUUUUAUCAGUGUAAUGCAGCAAGGGCAGAUACCAGCUGUACGAAAAUAUUCGGCGAGGACAGCCACGAGGAAGGAUGGCUUGAUUGGUGGAAAACUCCUCAUUGGUACUUUGAUGGGUUAAACAGUUUCGCAACCCUCCUACCAAGCAACCAAGGAAUAGAGGGCAACUUCAAACAUGUUUGUCUCUUCACGAAGGAAGAAGAUGGUACUUGGUCCAGAAAGUUCCUAACCUCUGGGUUAUUUGAUGUGCUGAGCGUGUACGGUACGAUAAACACCGCAGAGAAGAAAUAUUUGUUCUACUAUGCAAGUUAUGGGGGACAGAUGUACAGACACGUCUUCCAGCUGAACAUUGUAACUGCUGAGAGCACGUGUCUGUCAUGUGACGGGUAUUGUGGGUAUGGGGGAGCCUCCUUCAGUGCUGACAUGACCAUGUACCGUCUCUCCUGUGCCGGCCCUGUUACCCCUUACGUUCAGCUCAAGGAGGUCGACUCCCCGUGGAUAAAUGUCUUGGAAUCCAAUUACGAUGUAGAAAUGAUGCUGCGAACCUUCAGCCUGCCCAAGAGGGAAUAUAUGACAGAACGCAUUGGAGGAUUUGACAUUAACGUUCAGAGAAUCUCUCCCCCAGACUUUGAUGAAAACAGCACUAAACGAUACCCAGUAUUGGUUUAUGUUUAUGGGGGUCCAGAUUCGGGGAAUGUCAGAGACUACUUCCCGUACGGAGACCAAAGGAAAGACUUCCACAACUAUUUAGCUAACGGUGAUCCUGACAAGCCGAGUUUCCUUGUUUACCACGUGGAUGUACGAGGUACUAUAGGCCGAGGGGACGACUUCAGGUUCCCACUCUACAGAAAGUUCGGAGUGACGGAAGUGGAAGACACACUAGACUUCCUGGAGAGGAUCAGUCAGUACCAUUACGUGGACGAUGCCAGGAUGGCUAUCUGGGGCUGGUCUUACGGAGGUUUUCUGUCCUCUAAGGUGGCAGGAAGUGGGAGGAAGGUAGUGCAGGCUGCUAUAGCUGUUGCUCCGGUUUCUAGUUUCAGGUUCUAUGAUACUAUCUACACUGAGAGAUACAUGGGUCUUCCUGCAACCAACAAGGUGUACGAUGAGGGUGACUGUCUACACGAGGCAGCUAACUUCACGGGUACCAACUAUCUCCUGAUACACGGUACCGCCGAUGACAACGUGCAUUACACCAACGCGGCUCGUCUUGCUUUCGAGCUAGUAGAGAACGAUAUUCAGUUCAGGAUGCAUGCUUACACUGACCGAGCGCAUUCCCUGAAGGGGCUGCACACCCGACGUCAUAUGUACACAAUGAUGAGGGAUUGGCUGUUCGACGUUCUCAACAUGAAGGAUGACUAUUUGGGUACCUACAAAACGGACUUUUAGGAAUCUUUAUAAAUUACUAAUCUAAUUCACCUGAAAAACUCAAACUUUAAUAAAUUUAAUUAGUUUAAUUAAUGAGUUUCAUGAUUUGAUAGGUUUAAUAAUGUUGAUAUCCUACACUUUUAACAAAUUUUGUACUACGAACUGGGGAAUAACGAUUAAUUGCUAAUAUAAUAAUAUAUUGGUUUGAAGUUUGCUGAAAGUAAGUCUUUUUUAAUCUUACCGUAUGCUUCAAAAACCAAAUUGUCAGAAGAUUUAGUAUUUUCGGUUGGCGAUAAGAGCCGCGAUAUUAUUCUUUAAACAGGUCAUAUCGCUCAUUUGACUCUGGGACUUUAAAAACAUUUAUACAUAUAAUAAGUUGGUUGACUAAUGUAAAUGACUAUUCCUAAAUGUAAUUUUGUACCGUUUAUUAUCUUG